UGUGCGCGUUGUUUCGAAUUCGUGUUGUGCUGUGUGGCGUUGAGGCAAACAACAGCCGUCGCUGUCGCAGUUGGAAAAAGACACCAACCACAACGCACGUGUAACGCGCACCAAGUGAGACGAGUUGCCGUACGAAAAAUAUAUACAUGCAUAUGGCUGUGCACACUUAGCGGUACGCAGCAACAAAAAAGUGCCAAUUGUAGUGAUUUUUUUUCUUUGUGGCUGCUAAAGACAAGUGAAUUAGUAAUUAAAGCGGAGCAAGCAAUAAAAGACGUAUUUUCAGUGAAAAAACAAAGAAACUGCUGCAAAAAGUGACUGUUUCAGUGCAAACUGAUAUGAGCAACCAGUUCAUUAGUGCAAUUUAAAUCGAACAAAACGCUUAAGCAAAUAUGACAAGAAAAAACUGCAGUGAAUUUUAAAUAUCACAACAAAACUGCGGUGGAACACUCCAACAAAAUAGUAAACAAACGAGUAGUGCUUGAAAAUCCACAAACCAACAACACGCUUAAACAGUUACACGCGCAACAAAUUUGCCGUCGGCAAAAAUGCAAGCAACGAAAAUGCGCACGCCCUUCGCCAUACAGGAGAUACUCGGUUUGGGUGUAGGCUCGGCGGCUGCGGCUGCUGCCGCCAACUAUCAGCAGGCGCAGCAGCUCAGUCAGCAGCAGCAGCAGCAACAACAGCAGCUGCAGCACAGUCAGCAGCAGCAGCAACCAUUGCAAUUGCAACAACAACAAUCACCUACUUCACAAACUCAGCAGCAGCAACAGCAGCAGCAGCGGCAUAGCAGCACAACGACAAAUUGCACACCACCACCGCCCGCCGCUACACCCACCGCCAACGAAUGCAAUAAUGCACCACUCUCACCUGCCUCUUCGCACGGUCGCCCGACACGCGAUUCCCGUUCCAUAUCGCCCGAUGUGACGCGUCUGUCUGCGGCGGCUGCUGCGGCGGCCGCUACCGCGCACUGUCAACUGCCUAUUUUCAAUCCAGCUAACUUUUAUGCAGCAGCCGGUUAUGCCGACCAUGCGGGACAGCUGAAUGCGGCACAUCAUCACCACAUGACGACGUUGGCAGCAGCGGCGUACUUGCGUGGCUUUUUGCCGCCGGGUUUCAGCACGCCGCAUGAGUUUCGCGGACACUUUCAGCAGCAUUUUGGCAGUCAAUUUGCGGAACAAGCCGCACGUGGUGCCCAAGACUACACAAAUAGCCUAAACAAUAAUAAUAACAACAACAACGAUGAUGCACACUCGCCCAACAAAGCGCACUCAAGCAACGGCUCUAACGGCAGCAGCAUCUCACAUAUGUCCGCAACGAAUGGCAGCAGUCUGACGAGCAGCGGCAGCGCCACAUCCGCCAACAACAAUGGCGCUACGAAUAACAACGGCGGCAACAACAACAACACGUCACCAGCAACACGACCCACACUUUCACCCGCCGAACAUGCGGCUGCCGCUUUGGCGCAUCAUGCUGCCGCAGCUGCUGCAGCACAUCAUGCGCACUCACAUCAUCAACAUGGCCACCAUCAUGCGCAUCAUGCACAUACGCACCCACUGCAUGGCCAUCAUCCGCACCAUGCACACCACCAUCCACAUGCGCAUCAUCCACACGCCCAUCAUCCGCAUGCCGGCGCCACACAUGAGGCAUUCCUUAAUGGCGCUGCGGCGGCGGCGGCGGCAGCAGCUGCCAUCGGUAGCGGCAUGGCCGGUGCCGGAAGUGUUGUGGGCGCACCUAAUGGCCUGCUCGGACACGGCGGUGAUCCUAGCGCGCUGCUGGGCGGUGCCGGCCCCGGUGGUGCAGGCGGUUUAAAUAGUAAAAAGAAGAAUAAACGACGACACGGCCGUACAAUAUUUACGAGCAAUCAAUUGGAGGAGCUGGAGAAGGCUUUCAAGGAGGCGCACUAUCCGGAUGUUAGCGCACGUGAGCUACUCUCGAUGAAGACGGGCUUGGCUGAGGAUCGCAUACAGGUUUGGUUCCAGAAUCGCCGCGCCAAAUGGCGAAAAACAGAGAAAUGCUGGGGUCAUAGCACCAAAAUGGCUGAAUAUGGUCUUUAUGGUGCCAUGGUGCGACACUCGUUGCCGCUACCCGAAACUAUACUGAAAUCUGCAAAAGACGACGAAUCAGUGGCCCCUUGGCUACUCGGCAUGCAUAAGAAAUCACUCGAAGCCGCCGAUAUACUGAAAUCGGAUGAAAGUGAUCGCGAAACACCGACCUCAGAUGACACGAAUACCUCCUACUCCGCUGGCAGUACACACAAUUCGCCGAUCUCUUCGUUCUCCAUAUCACGCUUGCUCUUCGACGCACCAUCCAAGCACAAGCGACAUCAUGAAGUGGGGAGCAGCGGUGUUAUGGGUGGCGGUAUGGAUCUAGCUAAUGGCGCUAUGAGUGGUCUAGCUGAGCAAGCACAUGCACAGGCGCACGCACAUGUUAUGCAACAUCAUCCCUACAAUCAACAACAACACUUGCAACAUGUACAACAUCUGCAGCAAUUACAUCAACAACAAUUGGCCGAACAGCAUGCCGAAGCACAACGCCGACAACAAGCAGCACAUCAACAUCAACAACAGUUGUUGGCGGCGGAAGCGGAAAUGCAACGCAGACGACAGGAGGCGCAUGAACAACGUGUACGCGAACGUGAAGCCGAGGCGGAUGAGGAACCGAUGUGUGAUGAUGAUGACGAUGAAUGUGAUAGGGAAGAAAUUGAUAUCUGUGACGAUGUGGACGAUGAGAAGGAUAUUAAAAUGUUGUUGAGCGCUGAAAGCGCCGCAAAGCGGAUCAAGCAAGAGAACAGCGCGUCAAUGGCGUUGGAGAGCAGAUGAAAUAUGUGUAUUGAUGUGUUGUUGUAAGGGGGGUGUAGUGUGAAAAGCGAAAUAAUGUUAUAACUCAAACGUGACGGUAUAAAAAUACUGGAGGAAAUGUGAAAUUUUUAAUUAAAUUGGCUAACACGAGCAGCUUUUUGUUAAACUCACGCUUGUUUCAUGAUUGUUAACGCACUUAUGUACAUUGAAGAAAUGAAGAAGAAAUUCAAGUGAAAAAAGCACAAUAUGAGCACUCGGUUAAAAAUUCUAUUUCCUAUAAAUAUGCUGUUAAGAAAAUAAAAUUUGUGUAUGAAAUUUAGAGCUUCAGGGAAAUUGUGCAUAUAUUAAACUUGCAAAAAUUUAUAAUUUUAAAACAAAAAAUAGCGAAAAACGAUAUUUACAAAUAUUAAGUAACAAAACACACUUAGCAAGUGAUAUCACUCAGCAAUAAUUUUUUUCAGCAGAUUUUUAUUAAAAUUCACAUUAAUAACUGUUAAAUUAAAUCAAAUAAAAACUUCCGUUUACAAUUAAAUUCCUGAAAAUUUCUGUUUUGUCCAUUAACUAAAGCUUCAAUGCACUGCGCUUGUGGAUUUAUAAAUAUUGCAUUUGAUUCACAUGUGAACUGACCUAAGCAAAUAACAAUCGAUUUUAUUUCGAUUACUUAAACUCUUCGCACCUGCAUACAAUUUGAACAGUAAACAUUUUUUCUAACAAGUGCACAUUAAAAUAUUGGAAUUUUAAAUAAGUAUAUAACACACAACGAAGCUUUUUUUCACAGAAAAAUUUGCAGUUACAGAAAGAGUAACACAUUUAAUACAUAUAUUUAAUACAAACAGACGACACUACAUGCAACGACAUGAUCAAUAAAAUGGCACACGAAUACAAACAAUAUUUGUAACAGUAGUUUUAAGCAUUUACUGCAACUGUAAAUAUUGCAAGGAGAUGUACAUACAUAUGUAUGUUAGUGCAUUUCUAAGGCAUUUCUAGCACAAAUAACACACAAAAGAUGUUUAAAUGAAAUCAAAAUUGAGGAAAUAAUAAUAUUUAAUAAUAUAAAGAAAGAAAAAAUAUAAAUUACAUAUAACAACAAAUACACUAUUUCUACUAUGAAGCACAUGAUUUGAAAUUCGAUUUGAAUUAUUACAAAAUAUAAAUAUGUUUAGCAUAAAAUGUAGGUUUUAGUAUAAGCAAUUUCAUUGUGAUUUAAUUUAGUAAUUUUUAGUUUAUUUUACGUUCGUACCCAGUGUUGUAUGUACAUAAAUAUAUAAAUAAUAAUUGAAAAUCGAAAAUUACUUAAUAAAUAUUUAAGAAGAUCUUACUUUAAGCUUUGCAAGUCCGAAAGUGUUCUUUGAUUAUUAACUGGUAGAUGUAAUGCAAAUUUUAUGGAAGAAAAUGGUAUACAAAUAACACGAAAUAAAAGUUAAAUUGAAAUAAAACCAAAAAAAGGAAAUA